AUGAUAUUUCAGGCACCAUAUGGCACCAACCGAUCCCUUGAUAUAAAGAGCUUUCCAAUGUUUCAUAUUUUGGUUUUGGGUCUAGGAACCGCAUCCAACGCGACGUCCAGUGGCGCCACACCCCGCCAGCUCGCCGUGCCCGCGCACGUAACCGUCAUCGCCUUCGUCACCUCGAGCCCCGACCACCGCGAACGCCGAGACAGGAUCAGGAAUACGUGGGCCAACCCGGUCUACUAUCCGCACAAAGAUCUCAAAUUCCUGUUUGUGAUAGGAGCCACAGCAAACGCUUCUGUGCAGGCUGCCGUGGACGAGGAGGUGGCGCAGUUUGAUGAUAUUAUUCAAAACAACUUCAAUGAUUCAUAUCGGAACCUAACGUACAAGACCAUCGCGUGGCUGUCGUGGGUCGUGAACCAUUGCCCCGACGUUCCCUUCGCUCUCAAGGUGGACGACGACGUGGUUGUAAACCCCUUCGGUCUACAAGUUUUAUAUGGAAAGAUCAAUCGGAAGACCAUCUCGCAAAGAAAUGAGGGAAAACCGGCUGUCGGGAAAAUAUACGGAAGAAUCAUUCUGUCACAACCCCAGAGGGACGGGCGUUGGGCGCUAUCAAAGGAGGAGUACGCUGCAAAUGAUUUCCCGCCGUAUGCCACGGGGGCAGCUUACAUCGUUGAUAACGUAGCGCUCAAGAAGCUCUGGGAUCACGUCCUCUUGCUCCCUUUCUGUGGAUAGAAGACGUGUUCCUCACCGGGAUGGUGGCACGAGAAGCUGAGCUUAAGCAUGAGUGGCUAAACUACCUUUACCUGGAGAAACAAUUAUCCGAAUAUUGGUAUAGAGAAUAUGGAAUUUUCUUGUUUGAAGCCUCGCCACAGGAUGCACAGAAGGCGUGGGAUCACAUCAUUAAAUAAACAGAUGUAACAAGCCCCAGGAAAAAAAAUAUCCACAAAAAUACGUUCGUGAGCCAAGAAUUCUACGCUGGUAGGUAAAAUAAUGCUUAUGAAAGGUCACACACACGAACAGAGAAACAAAGAAACAAACACAUGCAACCAUACAAACAAAAACAAAUGAAACAACACACGUGUUGUGACCUUUUAUUUAUGAACGUUUUUGUGACCGACCAACU